ACAGCACACACAGGAACGCCGUCGCACAAGGCUGGCCACCAUUCUCCCGAAGCAGAAGAUGGAGCCUGGCCUGGAGGACGCCUGAGAGUGGGCGACGUACUGAGAUCGCAGCACCCUCUGGGACACUCCCUGGAGCAGCUAUAGGUCCUUGUGACCAUGUUCUCAGAUGAACGGAAAGACGGGAGUCCCCGAUUUGGGAAGCUUCACUUUCCUGUUGGCCUUUGGAUCAACUCCCCAAAGAAACAUUUUGCCAAGCUGGGACGCCGGUGGCCAAGCGUGGGGUCCGUCAAGUCUACGUCCUCGGAUACGGCCAGCCGUGGCAGUGAACCGGUGGAGAUGCGCCCGGCCACCAAGAACAAGGCCAGCCGACACAAGAGGCUUUCCACGCUCUUCCAGAGAAGUGGGGUGGGAGGGCAGACUGGUGGGGGCGGAGGCCGCUGGGCCAGUGAGAAGAAACUGGCCAACCUCAUCGACCCCUUGCCUGAAGGCCGGGUCGAGCCCCCAUCGCAGGGGGAGGUGCCGGGGGUCCUGAAAAUCUACGGCGGGGACAUCUCCACAGGCGCCAAUUACAAGAGCGUGCUGGCCACGGCGCGCUCCACCGCCCGGCAGCUUGUGCGUGAGGCCCUUGAGCGCUACGGCGUGGCACAGCCCAACGCCGAGGAGGCCUACGUCUUGUGCGAUGUCGUCGGCAGCGUCCACCACGGCACAAACGGCUCCUGGCAGGCCCAGUAUCUCCGGGCAGUGGGCGACUCUGAACGGCCCCUCGUGCUGCAAGAUGUGUGGAAGCCCAAGACCGGCUGUACCCGCCGCUUUGAGAUCCGCCGGCGGUGUGAUGUAGACAGGAUGGCAGAAGGGGAGGACGAGGACGGGGCCGGUAUCAACUCCCAGGCCCAUCGGCAGCAAUCCCGCCGCUCUCGGGCCGCCUCAGGAGGCCACACAGCCCCCAAGGAGAGGGCGGACAACCUCUCCCUCCGUCGCAGCAUCAGUGAGAUGAAUCUCAGCACAAAACGCCGCAGGGACCGCAAAGGCGUGCUCAGCAUGGCAGCCGGAGAAGCGGCGGAAGGCGGCUCGGCUGAGGAGGCACGACUCAAGGCCGAAGAGGGGGCCGAGGGCACGUCAGCCCCUUCGGCCUCGGAAGAGGCGGCCAUGGACGUGGCCAGUCUAGAGCAGCUCACGCAGUGCCUCAUACAGCCACCCACGGAGCACCCCUAUUUCCUACAGUUGUUGGGCUACAAUGAAAAGCAGGAGUUUGUGAUCCACGUCAUGACCCGCCGCCGGCACAUUUUCGGACGCCCCGAACGCCGCCCGGCUCCAGACCAAUCCAGCUACGUGGACACGUUCCUGAGUGCCCCGGACAUCCUGCCGCGCCACUGCUGCGUCGUGUCUUCCGUGCCCCCGGCAGAUCCCAGCCAGCCCCGGGGCUCGGCCAUGGUGCGGCCUUUCCGGGGAGCGUCCAUAACCCACAACGGCGCCCCGCUCCAUCGCCAGGUGGAGCUGGCCCCCGGAGACUUGCUGGGGAUGGGGCAGCACUUCCUCUUCAUGUACAAGGACCCGCGGUCCGCGGCCGCCCCGCCGGCCUGGUUGCCCAAGGCGUGGGUGUCCCCAGGAUUGGUGGGGGCCUUGGCGUGCCAGGCGUGCGGCCGGUCCCUGCAGGAGAGGCAAGAGGCCUUCCGGGCUUACCUCAAGAGCCGGGAACCUCAGCUGCGUUACCGGCCCCAGGAGCAGGAGGCGCUCUUGGCGGAAAUCGUGAGGCUGCAGGAAACGCCGGGUUGCAGGCUGGGCCCGGCCUUCCUCUUCGGGCUCUGCCUGGAGCACGCGGCCCGAGAGCUGGAGCCAGGACAACUGCCCAGGUUGAUAGCCAGGAUUGCUCAGCUGGUCAAGGAGGCUGUUUGGGAGAAGAUAAAAGAAAUCAGAGAUCGGCAACCAGAAAACCAGCAGGACAAAGGCGAAGCAGGAAAUCUCGGCGUGGAGGAAGUGGCGGCCGACUUGCGCCCCCUCAUGCUCUGGAUGGCCAACUCGAUGGAGCUGCUCAACCUGGUGCAGAAGAGAGUCCUGGACAUCGAGAAAGACCUGGACUUGGAGGGAGCUUCCCACAGUGCACUGCUCUCCAGCGACCUGGAGACAUGUGAUGAGGCCAUGGCUGUCUUGGAUGAAGUCAUCAUGUCCACGUUCCAGCAGUCUGUAUACUACCUCACCAAGACCCUCUACUCGGCCCUCCCUGCCUUGCUUGACAGCAACCCGUUCACGGCCGCGGCUGACCUGUCCCACGUGCCGGAGCUCAGCAGCAUGCCCGAGGGAAUCCGUGGGACGCUUGCCAUCUACCAGGCGACGCUCGAGCUGACCCGCAACUGUGACCUGCAUCCUGACCUCGUCUCGCAGACCUUUGGAUACCUGUUCUUUUUCUCCAAUGCCUCGCUCUUUAACACCCUCAUGGAGAGAGGCGGUUCCCAAUCCCUGUUCCAGUGGGCCAAGGCGGUGCAGAUCCGAACCAACCUGGACCUGGUGCUGGACUGGCUGCAGGGCGUGGGCCUCGGGGACAUCGCCACUGAAUUCUUCCGCAAGCUCAGCACCACGGCCAACCUGCUGUGCGUGCCCAAAAGCAGCUUGCUUCAGGCCUCCUGGUCCCGCCUGAGAAAUGACUAUCCGGCACUGUCACCGUCUCAGCUGCAGCACGUGCUCAGGAAUUACCAGCUGGGACCAGGCCGUGUGCCCCCCGAGUGCUGGAACCCACCAGAAAAGGAAGGAGAUGAGAUUGUACACAGUGACAUCUUUGAGAGCUUCACCGACCACCCGCCCCUGAUCCUUCCGUGCGACGGUUUCUGCUUGCGUCUCUCGGAGCCUGUGUCGGAUGACUCCCUCCACCGUCAACUUGUACGCCUGCGCCGUUUUCUCUGGGAGCUGGAGCGUGAGUCCCUGCCGGCCAACCAAAGGGCAGCAUAUGGGUUGGAUCCCAGCCAAUGAGAAGCGGAGCGCAUACCAACAUUCAAGAUGGUUCUUGGUCCCCAGGAAGCUCUUGUAAGAACACUCCUCAGUGGAUGGGCAGAGAGCCUGCAAAUGGUUUUGGAAGAGGCAAAAUCCCACGAAUCCAUUGCUUGUCCGAAUACAGGAUUGUCCUGGAAGGUCAAGGGUCAUCCUCCCACCCCAGGCCACAAGAGAUAGCCCCCGUGGCUGCUCUUACCGCCUCGUACCCAUGCCAUCUGGUGGCACACGCUGCUCAUCUCAAGGACCAAUCCGGAAGUUCUUCCAGAGAAAUGGUGACUUCUCCCCCCACUCAAAACUUUGCUGUUCUUUCUGGCCUCAAAUCAUACUUGUUUGUAGCAAACUAUGUAUUCCUUUCCUCGCUGCAAUAAAAUUAUUAAUUG